AUCGACUCCAUGGGAGCCGCUGCUGCCCGGCCGUGUGACAGCUCCGCUUCUGACGAUUCAAGAGAGUCACGAGUCACGAUCGAGUUCGCGAGUCGUUCGUUGCGAGUCGUUCGUUGCGAGUCGUUCGUUGGUCUAUCAAGUCACAUCAGUCGCAUGUCUCGAAGUCGUGCGUGACCUUCAUCUCACCGUGCGUACAACAAUUGCGGGUGCAUGGGUGCAUUCAACAUUCACGUGAUUACAGCAGGUCCGCAAUCGCCAGUGGUGCGCAUGCAAAGGCUUCUGAUCAGGUGCUCGCAACGCGCUACUCGUGACUGUACAUGCCGAGGUCUGACGUGCUGGCAAUCAACCUCGUACUCUUGCGCGUCAUCUUCACUCCACGCAAAGCUCCUCUCAUAAAGUUUUUGUAUCCUUUCGUGAAUAAAGGCAAGAGAUGCAUCGCCCUCGAGAUGGACGGGGAAUCAAAGCGCACACAGCAGCACGUACGUACGGCGCACAAUCAAGGGUCCUCCUCCCACCAUGCACAAUCCCCGCCCCGCUUAACCCUAACCCCUCGCCAUACUCGAUCGCAAAAGUCUGGGCGCAUGGGGCCCUGCUCUUUUGGUUCAAAAAAGCGCAAAGAGGGGGGUGUGUGUCGAGGGUACAUAACUAUACAAAAGCUUCCUUGCCCCCCCACCCCCCUUCCAAGCUUUCGCGACUGCCAAGAACAACAAGGGCAUGCGCGUCUCGCACCCCCCCCCCCUGGCCCAGAACACGCGCGUGGCGCUCGCUCCCCGCUGCCGUCGCGCGUCUAUAGGCGGCUUGAUUGAUCCCGCAGUAGUGGCGCUCAGCCUCGGCGUGUAUCGACGAUCGUCUCGUCUGGUCAAGGUGCCUCCAAAGCACUUUGGCAUCACACCACCACGGCCUCACGUUCCAGCUCAACUCGAAGGGGGGGG